AUGUUUUUAACUAUUAUAGGACAUAAUGAGCGUUACGUCGUUAUUAAGAGAAGAUUUCAGCAUUCUUCGCAAGCAGUGCACAAGUAUUUUCAUGAAGUUCUUGAGGCAAUGAUGAAAUUUGCAAAAGAGAUGAUUGCACCUACAACAUUUGAUUCGAAUAUGAAUAUUUCUGGUGCUCAUAAUAAGAGAGGAAGAGGAAAAUGUAAAUGCUAUCAGAAUGUUCUGGCAAUAUGUGACUUUAAUAUGGUCUUCACUUAUGCUUAUGCUGGAUGGGAAGGGAUAGCACAUGAUGCACGAGUUCUAACAAAAAUUGUAUCUAAUCCAGAUAAUGGCUUUUCAUUUCCUCCAUCUAGUCAGUAA